AUGUCCUCGCGUAAGAGAAAGCAAGAGGAAGAGGAACUCGUUUCCCUUCCUUCUGAUGAGGAGUCUGAGCCAGAGUUCGAGCCGGAUGAGGAAGACAUCGAAGACGAGGAAGAGGACACCGGUGACGACGAAGAAUACAACGACGAGCCCGAGGGCGAUGAAGAUGAAGAAGAGGCCGAAGCCGAAGACAAAGGUCCUCCGGUGAAGAAGCGAAAGACGACCAACGGCGUUGCCAACGGCGAUGAGGAGGUCGAGGUCGAGGUAGAGGAGGAGGAAGAAGAAGAGCCAGAGGAAGAAGUUGAGGAGCUAGAAGAAGAGGACGUUGAAGAGAUCGAAGAGGAGGAGCCCCUCGAUGAAGAGGGUAAUGAGGACGAGGAAGUAGAGGUGGAGGAGAUUGAUGCCAUCAACGGCGAGGAGGCCGAGCAGCCUGUAAAGAACGGCAUCGCGGCAAAGGCCGGCGAAGCUUCCGAACCCGCUAGGUCUGGGCUUGAGGACACCGCCUCUGCUGAGGACAAGCUCAAGGCAGCAGCUGUAGCGGUAGGAGGCGAGGCCGAGGCUGAAGCCUAG